UGCUAUCAUGAACGUCACGUUAUAAUCAAAGAGAUUAAAUUGUUUGUUUGGCCACAAUGAGUAUCGGAGCCGAUACAAUUUGCAUGUCAAAGCGCAAGUGUUUUUUCAGAAAUUUAUCAAUUAAGUAGCUCAACUCCUUAUCGGGACAUAUUCCAUUAGAAUAAAAAUCACGUACGCUAACGAAUUCGGGCUUUUUGUCUUGUUUUGCGUUUAAAAGUCAUUGACUUUUUCGAUGCCUAACCAGUUCUGCUGUAUCCGAAAAAGCUAGCGGCGAGUGUUUUGGGCGUAGAUCAUUAAUAGGUGCUUCUCAACCUCGUGUCUGUCGCCUGGUUCUUGAAAAAUUGCCAAAAAUAUCACCGCAUCCACAAUGGCACUACUGGCUUCUGGUAACUCAUCGGUGUUGCCAACCCUGUACGAGUAUUACACCGCAGGAGGCAUAACCUCCGGCCUGUCGGCCGACAAGAGCUACUUCACCUUGAACGAAAAAAAUAUCACCCUGUAUAGCGGAGCUAUGCACUACUUUCGCACGCCGAAAAAGCUGUGGCGCGACCGACUUAGAAAGUUAAGGGCUGCCGGUCUGAAUUCGGUUGAGACUUACGUGCCAUGGAAUUUACACGAACCCUCACCAGGAAACUUCGAUUUCGGUCACGGCGGAAGCGACAUGGAAGAUUUUCUCGACAUCGCCGGGUUCUUAAAAACGGCUCAAGAAGAAGACUUACUCGCCAUAGUCAGACCGGGACCGUACAUCUGCGCCGAAUUCGAGUUCGGUGGUUUCCCCAGCUGGUUGCUCAGCGGCGUCAACGGCGAAGUCAAGUUCAGAACGUCGCAGAACACAUAUAUGGAUGCAGUCAAGAGAUUCUUCAACGCUUUGUUGCCGAUCCUAGCAGCUCUACAGUUCGUAAACGGUGGCCCGAUCGUGAUGAUCCAAGUGGAAAACGAGUAUGGGAGUACUGCUUCAGAUUCGUUCCAGCCGGAUCAGGAAUACCUGAGAGAGCUGCGUAAAUUAUUCGUAAAAAACAAUAUCAACUCGUUGCUAGUGACGGCGGAUGGUGUGGCAACAUUUGGCAGCAGCGGAAGUUUGCCCGACUACUUCUUAUUAACUGCCAAUUUUGAGGGUGGCCCCUACGACUCGUUUCAAGCGCUCCAAAGGCUGCAACCCGACAGACCGAAAAUGGCAAUGGAAUUUUACCCCGGUUGGUUUGAUCACUGGGCCGAGGACCAUCAAACCAGAUCCGCGUCAACUUUCAUAAGUAAUUUGGAGCAGAUAAUUCAGUACCCGGGUUCGUUUAAUCUUUACAUGAUGCACGGAGGUACCAGCUACGGGUUCAUGAACGGAGCUAAUCUUAAUAACGCUGCGACCGACAACAGCGGUUUCCAACCAGAUACGACCAGCUACGAUUACGACGGCCCACUCACCGAAGCAGGAGAUUACAGCGUUAAAUAUGACUUGUUGAGAGACCUCUUGGUGAGAUCGGCGAACCCCAAAACAAAAAUUCCCGACCAGCCGGAAUUGGUACCCAGGGUAGCGUACUCCGCUAUUUCGGUCGAGGACUAUAUCCCACUGAAAGCGCUCGUAGACGACGAAGCUCCGAAAUUUGAAUUCGAGAGGCCCGUCGCCAUGGAAACGCUACCCAUCAACAACGGUUCGGGUCAGAGCUACGGAUACAUCGUCUACAGAAAAGAGAACGUCGAUCUGAAAGCUGGAUCGAUUUUGCAAAUUCAAGGGCACGUCUGCGAUACAGUAUUAUUAUUGGUGAACGGCAAGCUUAUCAACCCUACGCUAAAGGAGUCUCAAGAUCUUAACGGGUUCGGGUUCUGGCGCCAAGAUGGAUCGAAAGUGACCCUGAGCGAUGUGUCUCUGAGCAGCGCAACCGUAGACUUGGUGGUGGAGAAUUGGGGAAGGGUGGGCUACGGGAAAUUACCCCAGUACAACCAACGCAAAGGCUUGUGGCAGGGCGAUGUGUUGAUUGAUGGAAAUGUGAUUACCGAUUGGAUACUUGCGCCUCUAGAGUUUAAAAAGUCUUGGACCAAUCAGCUGGCGACGUGGAAGCCGGUCAGCGGUUAUACGGGACCCGGACUAUACAGAGCUUACCUAAAUGUCGAAGAGAGCCCUAGAGACACGUAUAUAGACAUAAGAAAUUGGAAAAAGGGUAUAGUAAUAGUAAACGGAUUUGUCUUGGGAAGGUAUGCCAGGAUCGGUCCCCAGCAAUGCCUGUAUUUGCCAGCGCCGCUCAUAAAAGCAGGACGGAACGAGAUUGUGAUCUUCGAGCAUUACGAAGCGUCCGAUGAGGUCGGGUUUUCUACAGACCAGAUUUACCAAUCGCUGUGAUAGCAUUUAUUUUAUUUUUUGAAUAAAUCGUUUUGGAUUCGAAGUCAGUGU